CUGCCCCAAAAUGAUCUUUAGGCCCAAUUUCUAAUGUCAGCAAGCAAGCCCUUGGUUUAUUUGUUAUUUGACCAUCCAGCUGCGACUUUAAAGAUAGAAAAAUAAUACAAAGGAAGAGAAGAAAGGACUGAUUUCAAAAGGAUGGAGAAGAUGCUCAUGGCAAAAUGGAGAACCUUGCAGGAGGAAAAUGAGGAAAUUGGUAAUCAAGCUUCUGAGGGAAAGCUUCACGAUCCAACGCUGUUGAAGUCUUCAACUACUUCCACACCUGAAAUUCCCGAGGAUGUUUCUUCGGGAAAAACACUCCAACGCUCAAGAAUUCCUUUUGGAGGGAAUCAUAGAAGAACAGCAAUGUGGGAUCUAAUGGUUAAUCCUUCAAAAAGAAGCUUGCUAGCUGGAAGGUUAAUCUCGAAAGGUAUUCUUCUUUCUAUUGAUAAAAUUCGCAAAAUUUUUUUAUGGGGUGGAGGGGGAGAUGAGAGAAAGAUCAAUUGGGUUAAAUGGGAGAAGAUAUGUGACAAAAAAGAGGAAGGAGGGCUAGGAGUGAAGGACUUGAGGAAGUUUAAUUUGGCUCUUAUGGGCAAAUGGUGGGGACGGUUGGCAAAAAUCAAAGAGGGAUUAUGGAAGAAUGUAGUUAAGGAAAGAUAUGGUGAGGGAGAAAAUCACUGGCUAGAUUGGGUUAAAGGGAAUAGAGGAGUUGGCUCAAUUUGGUGGAGGGAUGUGUGUUGUCUUGAUUCUUUGGAUGGGGAGAGAGGAUGGUGGUUGACAGAGGGUGUUAGAAUAAGGAUGGGGGAAGGAAAAGGCUUAGCUUUUGAUGGGAUCAUUGGUGUGGGGAAAGGUGGGGAAGUGAAUGAAGCUAAGACUUACCAAAGGAUAUGGAACCCCAGUCUCCCUAGUAAGAUUUUAGCUUUCAAUUGGCAAUUACUACUAGAUAGAAUACCAACCAAGGUUAAUUUGCUAAGAAGAGGGGUCAUUAAAGACAUGACAAAAGCUAAGUGUGCCCUAUGUAAUGAAGAAGAAGAGAAGGAUUCUACUCACUUGUUCUUGAACUGCAAAAUUGUAAGAUGGGUGUGGAUGGCUUGCUCAAAAUGGUGGGGGACCAACAUCAUGAUGAAUAGGGAUUGCUGGAAUACUUUCCAACUCAUUGGGAAGGGCAUCAAAGGAUCAAACAUCAGAGAAGGCAUGGAUUGUAUUUGGAAAACUAUUGUGUGGUCCAUGUGGAUUGCUAGAAAUCAGAAGAUCUUUCACAACAAAGAGGAUAAGGAGAUAAAUCUGGGGAAACUAUUCGAACUCAUCCAAAUGAGAUCCUUCCUAUGGAUUAAAGCAACAAAGGACAUGCACUACUACUACCAGGAGAAGCUGGAAGAAAAAGAUAAUGAGCUUCAAAAGCUGAAGCGGACAACCCCAAUGGAACAGGAGGAUAAAACAGAUCUAUGCUCCUUCAAUAAGAUUAAAGAAGAGGUGACAGAGUCCAUUGAAACCGGAAAGGAGCAAGAAGAUUAACAAUUUUGUAUGAAAUUGCAUGUUUUUCAUUAUUGAAUUACAUCAUGUUGUACAUAGUACAUUAAUAUUAUUUCUUCUUUUUAUUUUAAUUUUUAUUUAGAUUAGUUAAAGAAAUUUUGUUAAUCCGG